CCCAUGGCAGGGCUCCUCCUGGCAGCUCUCUGCCAAUGCAUCCUGGCUCUUGUUCCCCACAGAAUGGGUCUGCUCCGACUUCUGGUGCUCUGCGCCCUGGCUGCGUGCUGCAUGGCCCGCUCUCCCCCAGGCCCACCCCCGCCACCAAAUCCCUUGUCACCUCUGCGUCCCCUGGGCUGUAACGACUCUCAAGUGCUGAAAGUUGCAGACUUCGCCCUGCACGACAUCAACAGAGACCAAAAGGACGGCUAUAUGUUGAGUCUCAACAGAGUGCAUGAUGUUCGGGAACACUUCCAGGAGGACAUGGGAUCUCUGUUCUACCUCACGCUGGAUGUCUUAGAGACUGGCUGCCACGUGCUCAGCAGGAAGGCUCAGAAGGAUUGCCACCCGAGGAUAUUCUAUGAGUCGGUUUAUGGCCAGUGCAAAGCAAUAUUCCACAUUAACAAGCCAAGAAGAGUUCUCUAUUUACCUGCUUAUAACUGUACACUUCGCCCAGUUUCUCAGAGAAAGAUUCACACAAUGUGCCCUGAUUGCCCAAGCCCCAUUGGCUUGUCAGACCCCAAAGUUCUGGAAGCUGCCACGGAAUCACUUGCGAAGUUCAACAGUGAGAACCCCUCAAAACAGUACGAGCUCGUCAAAGUCACCAAGGCCAGGGGCCAGUGGGUGGCUGGCCCUUUUUACUUUGUGGAAUAUUUAAUCAAAGAGUCGUCGCCGUGUGACCAAUCCCAGGCCAGCUGUUCGCUCCAGCCCUCUGACUCUGAGCCCGUUGGCCUUUGCCGUGGUUCUCUGAUCCAAAGCCCUCUGAUGGAAGUUCCUCAGCCUGGACUCUCAAAAAAGUCGGUCACUGUGACUUGUGAGUUUUUCGAAUCCCAGGCUCAGGUCCCUGGACAUGAGAACCCUGCUGUUUCCCAGGGCUCUAAGGAACUCCCUAAGAAAAACACAGCCCCUACCAGCUCCCCCUCUGUAACUGCGCCAAGAGGAUUUAUCCAACACCUCCCUGACCUGGAUGUUGAGAAGCCUGACAACUCCAAGGGAGAGAAGCCUGAGGAAGCCUUCCCUGUGCAGCUGGAUCUAACCACAAAUCCCCAGGGGGACACACUGGAUGUUUCCUUCCUGUACCUGGAGCCUGGGGAAAAGAAGCUGGUGGUAUUGCCUUUCCCUGGAAAGGAACAGCGCUCCGCGGAGUGCCCAGGGCCGGAAAAGGAGAGUAACACUAUGAUUCUCCCUCCAUGAGACUCACUAACAGGGUUCUGUAGUGGGAUGGCCCCAAGCACUAGAUGGGAGGUGGUGGGAACUGGGAAGGACACAGACGAUCAAAUGUA